AUGUUGAGAAAAGACGGUUCGAGCCUGCGGUGCUUGUGGUGUGUGUAUUUCCUAAUAUUACUGGAUUUGACGAGCUACAUACAAGCUAAUGGACAUCCCUCAACGGACUUCAGCAAACAUAGUGUUGUUAAGCUCAAAUUGCAGCACGGCAGAACGAAGAGAGAAAUCACAUCUACAAAAGAUAUGACAGGAGCCCAUCUCCGCGAUGUGAUCAUAACUGUGAGCAUCGAAGGAGAAGAGUAUGAGCUAGAACUGCAACUUAACGAGGCGCUGGUGCCACGGGGACACUCUCUGAGCUAUCAGCAGGAUGGUCAGACCAGGGUUCAUGUGCCGGAGAAAGAGGAGUUGGACUUAUGCCAGUAUUCGGGACGCGUGCGAGGCAAGCCGGGCUCGUGGGCCGCGGUGUCGACGUGCGACGGAGUGAAGGGCGUCUUCUACAACGGACAACAGCUCCGGUACAUCGAGCCUGCACAUGGUGACAUAAACGAGAAUCACUUCCUGUACUCGCACGAGCACCUGACGAAGAGACACCGCUGCGGUGAUGAGACCGGCUCCAAGCAUAACUCCAGCCACAACCCUUACGAUUCUAUGCUGUUUCAGCAAGGCGAUGAGUUGGCAGGAAGGUCCAGUCGGGACAAACGCUACGCAUUUGUCGACGCUGUAGUCCAAGAGCCUUUCAAUGCAAACCGGCGCUCGCGCUACGUGGAGCUCGUGCUGGUCGUGGACCACGGCGAAUACCUCGCCAGCGGCGAAAACAUACGCUUAGUCCAUCGGCAGAUGAAGGAUCUGGCGAACAUCAUCAACUCCGUGUACGCUCCUCUGAACAUUUUCAUAUCCCUGGUGGGUGUUGAAGUGUGGACGGAGCGGGACAAGAUCACGCUGGACACGGACAGCCAAGCCACACUCGACAACUUUAAUAAGUACCGGAGCACGGACCUCAUCCACAGGAUACCCAAUGACAAUGCUCAUCUGCUCACCCGGCAAAACUUCAACGACGGCGUGGUUGGCAAGGCACACGUUGGCAUGAUCUGCUCAAGUGAGAAGUCUGCAGGUGUGGAGACCAACCACUCCAGGGUGCUUGGGAUCGUGGCCAUGACCGUAGCCCACGAAAUGGGACACAACUUUGGCAUGGGCCAUGAUGAUGAGAAGGAAGGAUGCGCGUGCCCAGACAAGCGGUGCAUCAUGAGCUCGUACACCAGUGAUUCAAUUAUUCCCGUGCGCUGGUCUACCUGUAGCCUGAGGAAUCUCAGUCGGUCUUUCGAAAAGGGCUUGGACUACUGUCUACGUAACAUACCGAAGACGCUCUUCGACUCACCAACUUGCGGAAACGGGUUCCUGGAAGAGGGAGAGGAAUGCGAUUGCGGGACGCCACCGGGUGCGUUCACCGCUCAGGACAGCGACCACAAUGCGUGCACCGCGUGCUGCAAGCCCGACUGCACGCUGCGAGACAACGCCACGUGCGGCCACGGGCAGUGCUGUGAUAUAAAGUUCCUAGAAAGCGAGGAAUGCCAUUGUGGGACAACACCCGGAGCAUGCUCCCCUGGAGACGGGGACCACAACGCGUGCACCGCGUGCUGCAAGCCUGACUGCACGCUGCGAGACAACGCCACGUGCGGCCACGGGCAGUGCUGUGAUAUAAAGUUCCUAGAAAGCGAGGAAUGCCAUUGCGGGACAACACCCGGAGCAUGCUCCCCUGGAGACGGGGACCACAACGCGUGCACCGCGUGCUGCAAGCCUGACUGCACGCUGCGAGACAACGCCACGUGCGGCCACGGGCAGUGCUGUGAUAUAAAGUUCCUAGAAAGCGAGGAAUGCCAUUGCGGGACAACACCCGAAGCAUGCUCUCCUGGAGACGGGGACCACAACGCGUGCACCGCGUGCUGCAAGCCUGACUGCACGCUGCGAGACAACGCCACGUGCGGCCACGGGCAGUGCUGUGAUAUAAAGACGUGUCGUCCCAAGGUGCCUGGCACGGAAUGUCGCGCCACGAACAGCGAGUGUGACCUGCCGGAAUUCUGUAACGGAAGCUCACCAUUUUGUCCGCAAGACGUGCAUAAGAUGGACGCCACGCCUUGUCGGAAGGGACAGGCGUACUGCGUGCGCGGUUCGUGCCGCACCCACACGGACCAGUGCCGGCUGCUGUGGGGGGUCACGGGCGAACGAUCCGACGACGCGUGCUAUAUGGACCACAACGUACACGCCGCCGAAUACGGCAACUGCGGUUAUGAUCGCGUGUCGCAGAGGUUCCGCAGCUGCGCGCCACAAGACGUGUUGUGCGGCAUGCUGCAGUGCACCCAUCUCGGAAGAGAUGAAAUACACCUCGGCGACAUUUAUACUGCGAGGAUGAUGUCUUAUCCCGCGCAGAAAGGCAGGGGUGAGUCAAUAGCAUAUGGCAGGGGUCACCAAUUAAAGUUGCUCAUAUAUCGUAACAGAUACGGCAACUGCGGUUAUGAUCGCGUGUCGCAGAGGUUCCGCAGCUGCGCGCCACAAGACGUGUUGUGCGGCAUGCUGCAGUGCACCCAUCUCGGAAGAGAUGAAAUACACCUCGGCGACAUUUAUACUGCGAGGAUGAUGUCUUAUCCCGCGCAGAAAGGCAGGGAUAGCAUGGUCCCGUGUCACACGGCGAUUAUCGACUUUGGCCUGAGGGACGUGGACCCUGGCCUGGUGCCCGAAGGCGCUAAUUGCGGACCCGAUAAGAUGUGCAUGCAGCAGAGAUGUGUGUCGGUUGAGCGAGUGAGAGAGAUAGCGCAGCGAGCAGCGGGCUCUGUCUGUCCCUCUAACUGCUCCGGACACGGUGUGUGCAACUCCAAUGGUAACUGCCACUGCUGGGCGGGCUACGCGCCGCCGCUGUGCGCGCGGCCCGGAGCCGGCGGCUCGCGCGACUCCGGGCCACUCUCCGACACUACCAGUGUAGAACGGGUGGACGACCUCAUCACCUCAUCUAGGUUGCAUUCCUCGCAACCUUAUGUUGCAGGGAACAUGUCCCGUUUAAACGUACGACCUCAGUGGCGAGCGGCCAGCGGGGCGUCCAGCGUCGUGCCACAGAAUAACUAA